AUGCAAGAUUCUGUUGAAGACUGGCAGACCCAAGCAUCAUUGAUGUAUGAAGUUUACAGAAAUGCCUUUAUCUGUAUAUCGGUAUUAGGCGCCGCAGACGACGCCACUGGUUGCUUCUUCAACAGAGAUAUCGAGGACGUGAAGCCUUCGGUCGUCACGCUAUCGCUCGAUGGAACAAGCCCGGCCAGGUCCUACUUGAAUGACAAGGAGAUAUACCGGUGGCAAGAUCGGUUCGCAAGCGAGCCCUUGGCACGGCGCGCUUGGGUGGUGCAGGAACGCCUCCUAGCCCCGAGAACUCUUCACUUUGGAAGCAGUCAGACCUAUUGGGAAUGUCAUGAAGAAACUUGUUGCGAAACCGAUCCAGACUACGAUUGGUGGAGGGUUGCUCUCUAUGGGGACUCCUCCAAAAUUCAAAGUUCGUGGAAAGGCCUGAUUGGCAUGAAGAGGCUAUACGCCCAGGACCCAGUCUUUGCUCUCACAGAAGAUUGGGGAAACAUCGCGAGAGUCUACGGCAGCUGCCAACUCACCAACUCCAGGGACAAGCUCGUGGAAAUCUCAGCUAUAGCAAAAGACAUGAAAAAAAGUCUGCAGAGUCUUGGAGAACCUGCUCGAUAUCUCGCCGGCAUCUGGGGGCAGUGGCUGCCACGAUCCCUGCUAUGGUUCAUAAUUCCAACAACGGCAGGUGACGAACGCCCCAGGCCAUACCGCGCCCCCUCAUGGUCUUGGGCUUCUGUCAACGGCGACGUUCGAACGGGGGAAACGAGCCAUUUGGACGACCUUACCAUGUUGCUUUCGUCUGUAAGUGACGCAGAAGCAACGCCCUUGACCAACGAUGAUACCGGCCAAGUGCACGGCGGUACGGUCACUCUGAAAGGCAAGUUGGUCGUGGCGAAACUGGACAACUGUACGCAUGGCCCAUGGAAGGCAGAGUCCGACGGUGUCAUGAACCUUUGGCAGGUUGAUGGAUUCGAAACCACUGACGGGACCACCAUCGAGUGCGAUGUCCGGCCAGCAGAUGACAUCCGUCAGAACUGCUAUUACGGUAGCGUUCUCUUCGACACAGAACAAGACAUGUGUCGUGAUGUUUUGUUUCUACCCAUCUCAGUCUCCCUCUUCGAAGGUCCCAACUACCAGUACUCUGGAUUGCUCCUAUCGAAGGCUGAACAUGGGUAUAGACGGCUUGGAUUGAUGAAUGUGGGCAUGGCUGGGGAGCAAGAGCGUGGCGCGUGGUUGAAUGAGAUUACAGAGCGAGAGUUGCAUAUAGAGUAG